UGAAAAGUAAACAAAUUUAAAUACAGUACACGUGAUGAAAGUAAAUUAUAGCAGCAGUUGCUAAAGAUGUUGCAGAGGUUAGGGAAAGUUGAUAUUACGAUUGGAAUUUUUGAAUGAGUGCUCCUGACUUGUGUUUCAAAACAAUUCGCGCCGGAUAUGGAAUUUGCGGGAGAGGACAUAGAGAUCAAAGAAGAACCAAUAUCAACUGACCCUUACCAGCCACCAGAAAUUGAACAGAUCUACAUUAAAGAAGAAAAUGUUAUAUUGGAAACUCCUGAAGAUAAUGACGCACAUGACCCACUAAAGCUGGAGGAAGAUAUAUUGGAAACUCCUGAAGAUAAUGACGCACAUGACCCACUAAAGCUGGAGGAAGAUAUAUUGGAAACUCCUGAAGAUAAUGACGCACAUGACCCACUAAAGCUGGAGGAAGAUAUAUUGGAAACUCCUGAAGAUAAUGACGCACAUGACCCACUAAAGCUGGAGGAAGAUGAGUUUGUCUCAGAGGAAGAAACUGGUUCUCCACCUGAUGCCAUACACAUUAAAAAAGAACCAGAGGUCCAAAUUGAAGCAGAGCCAACAAGUUGUGACAGUGAACCAGAAAGGCAAGGAAGUAAUCCGAAGGUGGACCAACCUCCGAGACUGUUUCGCAAAAUCGAAAAAAGAUGAUAAAAGCUGCCAAACAAAGUGGAUCUGGGGCCAAAAAACGUAAGAAAUACCUGUUUUUAGACCAACUUCAAUUUUUAAACAAGAUCUACACGGAAAAGGAUACGGUAGACAGCCUGGACCCAGAAAUUGAGCCAGGAACACUUGACGAAGACAAGGAGCCUGAAGGUGCCGGUGCUGCAACUCCGAUUUCUAGUACGUGAACCCGCCAUACGGUCUUACAGGAGGGAGAAAACAUAAGAAACCAGACGAGGUUGAGAUGAAAAUACUCGAAGCUCUGAAACCUAAAACGCCGUGCAGUAAGGUCCUUCCUUCAGAGUUUCAUGCCUCAUUUAACGAACUGUUCUAAUAGUGAAUUCCUUCAAUUUCGAAUGGGAGUGUUAAAUGUAACUGAUAACUUAAACAAAAUGAAGCACACAGUUCCUCCUCCUCAACCAAGAUACGUCUCUUCCAUGUCACCUUUCCGCCAUUUCCUCAGUGUACGCUUCAUCCAUCUGCAGUUAUCCAACCGCAACCACUUUUGAACAUUCAACAACCUCCAUUUCCACCUCGACAAUAUGUAGGGGCUAGUUUUUCCAGACAGAAUACAACUAGCGUAGAAGAACAUCCCUUGUAUCAACAUAGGCCUAUCUGUGGACUGCAAAGUCAUUCAAAGGAAGCACACCAUUCAACGCCUCUCCAUAAAAGUAUACAAUCCAAACCAGAAACACAGACAUCACCACAUGACCUGCACGAAAUUAUUCACAGUGACUCUCCACAAAGUGAAAAUGUUGCAAGACCGUCUAUUUCUCCUUGAGGUAAUUUCUCAUAUUCCGAUUUCUUCAAUUGAUAUCAUCAAUUUGUUUUUGGAACGUCGCAAAUAAUCUACCAAAACAAUAAACACGAUGAAAACCAUAAUUUGAUCAGAAACCUACAAUG